AUGUCCUCAAGACAAAAUGAAACUGGAAAUCACACUUGUUCUAGUGGUUUGGAUAAAGAAUUGAUGUACACGCUGGCAAACUGCUACAAAAAUGCAAACCAGUGGGAUUCUCGCAGGCAGAUAUUGUCCAUAAUGGCGGAUAACGUUAGCUUGGCAACAAUUGAACAGUGGAUCCCAGACCUGACAAGUUAUCGGUUUAAGGUCGCCAGGCAGCAUGCUGCAGUCCAUGGCAGUGGAAAACUGGUGCCUACCAAUGCACAAACGAAGUCAUUCAUACCUGAAGCAAAAUUAGCGCAUUUCCUAGACUUUAUCACAAGCUCCUACGUAAUUCAAGAUCUUCCAUUAGGAGCCAAGACAAUAACAUUGUCAACUAACGAGGUCAUCCAAGUUCCAAAUGUGGUGCGCAACAUGAUACCUGAACGAAUCGUUUGCCAGUACCAAAAAUAUUCUGCCGAGCAUGAUUUCACACCCAUGAGUCGCAGUACACUGCUAAGAAUUCUGCAUGUUUGUUCCGCUUCGACUCGCAAGUCAUUGCAAGGGCUAGAUUACGUAAGCUGUUCUGGUGCGCAGGCAUUUGAAGAUCUUGUGAACGUUGUGCACCAGCUCGGGGAAAACGGAAUGGGUCUUACAUGGGCAAAAACACAAAGGGAAGCUUUAAAGGAAGCAAAGCGGUACCUCAAGACUGAUUUCAAGGUAAAAUAAGAAAGUGAAAAAGGGAAAUAAUUUUGUUGCGCGCCUGGCGUAGGUGUAUUAUGAAUGUUACUCGACUGCCUACUACAUGAGUGCUCUCUAACUGGCUACUGCUCGCGUCUUGGUAGGUGAAUAAGGGUGGAUUCCCACUGUCGCGUACAUUUCACGUGCAUACACACGUAGCUUUUAGGCGCGUAAUUUAAAUAGAGACAAUGUUUGAAAGGUCGCUCGUAAACGUAAACGUUGAGCGAGGUUUAGCUUUUACGUUUACUCGUGGCAUUCCAUACGUUGCUUCUAUUUUAUUCACACCCUUAACCCUAUUUAGACCAGGAAGGGUUUGAAGCCCCCCUUCGCUUAAAAGUUGAAUAACUUCAAAACCGCUCAAGCUUUGAGCACCAAACCUAGCGAGUUUUCCUAACAAUUAUCUGGGGACAUUUAAAGUCGUCGUGACUUGUACGUCAGCAUUGACGUUACCAUGUCAACCGAGUUUUGAGAGCCAUAUUUUCCAAAACUUGCUGUUUUACUCAUUAUACCUGUUUGUGUAAUCCGGCCUUUUUAGCGACUGAUUUGAGAAGAAAACAUGAAUUUAAAAUGGCCCAGUGGCAGAUACUUGGGUUCAAUUUCUAACAGUCUUAAUUUCUCUCGGGAUUUCACAAGUUGCGGAUUUUUUGUUUGUUUGUUUCAUAAGCAUCCUUUUAUGCACAGGUCCGUUUUUCUAUCACGAUUACCUCCAUUUCUACUUGUUUUAAGUAAAAUUGGAUACAUUUGACAAAUUAAAAAUGGCGGAUCCAAAAUGGCGGAUGGUUCCAGAUCCCUCUUUAACCAUAAAUGACGCCAUCAUGACGUCAUUGCUAGUGUUAAAAGUCAUUAAUGUGUCAACUAACUUCUUGAUUUUGUCAGACAAAUUAUGAUUUAAGUAUUUUUCGCUUUGAAGGGAAAGCUGGUGCAAUUUGGAUUCUGCCCAUAGAAUCAACAAUACGACGUCAUAUUACGUAAUUGUGUCAAUCUAAAAAUGCCUAGACGUUGGAAAUGACGAGUACAUUGUUCUGUGACAUGUUGCUCACCAUACCACGAGCGGUUUUGUAGUUAUAGUGGGGGACCUCUGAGCUCCGCCCCCCGGAACCAGGAGGCAAAAAAAGCCCGGUCUGAAUAGAGUUAACAUCUACGUACGUGCGGCAUGCCAGUGAAGUUUACGUGAUAUGCAAGAGUGGAAGUCCACCCUAAGAUAAAAUGGGGGGGGGGGGUUGUAAUACGGCAUUCGGCUUCACAAUAUUUAGGUUCUGAAAUCUUUCAGAAGAUAGCAUUACGUAAAUAUUCCUCAGAAUUGAGGAUUUGAUAAUUAUUGCGCACAUGUUAAUCACUUAGGUUCACGUAUCAGAGAGUUCAAGUAUUCCAGAUCACUGCAUCGUUUUUGCUCUCAGCGACCCUAAAGAUGUUGACUACCAGGCUACAUGUGCCCAUGAUCAUAGCGACGUUUGUGUCAGUGUAAUUCCCUUGCCGUUACUAUAGAGGAGAUAGAGAAAACAAUCGAGAGGAUGGCGAUGAAUCUUGAACAUCUUUCCAAAGGCCAAAUACACGAAGAGCUCGCAUUCAUGACCGAGAAAGCAAAACGUGAUAUAAUUGCCUGGAAAUCUCAUUUGUUGCGUUCGGUGAACCAAGAUAAAGCAAGACUAGACAUCCUCCGAGACUUGGACGACACAUCAGUUCUACUUGUACAAGAUUGGGCCAUGAAGUUUAUUCCUCGAAAAUAUCGUGAAAGCCAACGCGAUUGGUUUGGGAAACGGGGAAUUCCCUGGCACGUGUCCGUCGCCAUGAGAAAGGAAAGUACAAGUAAUGCUGGAAAGUACGAAACCCUUACCACGUGCCAUGUCUUCAGAGGCUGCAGUCAAGAUAGCUGUGCGGUACUGUCGGUCAUGUCUGACGUACUCCAAGAUUUAAAGGACGUCAUGCCACACCUACAGCGAGUAUACUAUUGGCAGGACAACGCCGGGUGUUACCAUUGUGGUAACACAAUCAGCCUUGCUCACAUGGUUGGUAAACAUCACGGCGUGACUGUGAAGCGAUCCUCAAGGAGGAAAAGGGGCUUGCGACAGAAGGUCUGCAGCUAUAAAAUCCCACAUGAAGAUUUACCUGAAUUCUGGAAACAACACUGA